AUGACAAGCAAUACGUACAAUGAAAGCAGCAGCAGCAACAACACCAACACCAACACCACCAACAACAACAACAACAAAACCCCCGUAUUAGACUUGGGAGAGAUUGGCGUUGGAUUGAUGCAAUGGGGAACCACAAAGAUUGAUGAACGAGUGGUCAAUCCCAAGGGAAAUUUGAGUGACGACACGGUACAAGAACU